GUUGCGGAGUGUGUUUUCCAGCUGGUCUGGCUCAGGGGGAAGGGGGUCCGACACCAUUGCACUUCUUUCUUUUUUUUUUAACAACCGGAUCUUUUCCUUUUGUUUGUUUGUUUGUAAAAAAUGUCUUUUUCCUGCAAUAACUCUUUGGACGGCAGCUUUCCUCCGUCUCCGGCGGAGGACAGGGGCUCCAAGCGGCUGUCCUGGGGCAGUCUGAUGCAGAGGCUGACAGAGCUGAAGGGGAUCAAUCACAGGGUCGCGGCAGAUCCUCAGUGCAGCAGGAGUGAAACUGGAUCUGUGGCAGACAUGUCCCUGUCAGAAUCAGACAGCAGUUUCUUCUGUUAUCCCCUGGAGGAGACCUUGGCUACAGAGGUUGUAAGAACCAUAACACAAAGUCUCAACGAUGCAUCAGACACCCUGGGCUGCUCCAAACUCGUCCUACCUGACUUUCUUCUGCACAAUAUCAGCCAAGAGCUGCUCCACUUGGCUCUCAGCGAGCCAUGCGGCCUCAGAGGGGCGCUCAUUGACCUGUGUGUGGACAGGGGGGACCUGGGCUCCCUGUGUACUGUGGACCAAAUAGCAGUGGAUGCAACCCUGGUCCCAACCUUCCACGUGACCCUGGUACUGAGGCUCGAGUCCAGUGGACUGUGGCCAAAAGUUCAGAAGCUCUUCAAGGGAAGCAAAUCACCGCAAACACCUUCAAGGCCCCGAAACACUCUGAGGCUGAGUACGAGCUUCAGGGCUAUCAAGAGGAAACUGUACUGUUCAGGGGAGCUGCUGAUUGAGGAGUGCUGCUGACCAAACGCUCCUGCCCCUGAUAAGAAGAACUGAAUUCAUUCAUUCAUGUACUGAGAGAGGAUGCAUUGUCUUUUUUAUUUUAAAGACAACAUAUCCUGGCUCAGAAGUCAAAUGGCACUGACAAAGAUAGUUCUGAAAUAACACGUACUUGUCUCUGUUGGUGUAUUUUGUGUGUGUCAAGGUUUACUGGAGCCAACUUAUCUCUCAUGGCAGCUACUAACCUAUUUGUAGGUGACUUAACAGUGAAGACUCAUGUUUGCACAUGGGUCAGUGUCUUUCACAAGAAUGUAAAGUCCCAUUAUUAAGGGAACGGCUUAUGUAUUUGAUAGUCAAAUAUGACCUGAAACUUGUGUGUUUUGUAUUUUUCAAGGACUUAAGCAAACAAAUAAAUUAUUUUCUAUUAA